AUGGCUGCCGGCAACAGUAAUGUUACAACGGAUCAAUUAGCGCUUCUUGCGCUAAGAGAUCGCAUGAUCAAUUCAGAGCCUCGAGAAAUCUUGGCAAAAAACUGGUCCACUACCUCCUCUGUUUGUGAUUGGAUAGGGGUCACCUGCGGCUCUCGACACCACCGAGUGACUGUCUUGAAUAUCUCAAAUAUGAACCUUACUGGUACCUUACCUCCUCAACUUGGGAACCUGUCCUUUCUGGUUUCCCUUAACAUUAGCAGGAACAAUUUCCAUGGAGAAUUGCCUGGUGAGUUAGUUCACUUGCGCAGAUUGAGAUACCUUGAUUUUGGGAUCAACAAUCUCGGUGGAGAGCUUCCCUCCUGGUUUGGUUUUUUAUACAAACUCCAAUUCCUGUCUCUUGGAAACAAUAGCUUUAUGGGUUCCAUCCCGCCUUCCAUCUCUAACAUGUCAAACUUGGAGACGCUACUGCUGUCUUUCAAUUUCAUUGAGGGGACCGUUCCAAUAGAAUUUCAGAAUCUUCAUAAUUUGAAGAAUUUGCUUAUUGAGUAUAACCAGCUUUCUGGUCCUUUGCCUCUCCAUGUUUUCAAUCUUUCCUCACUGGAAAUAAUUUCCUUCAUGCAUAACAGCCUAUCAGGCAUUCUUCCGGACGACGUCUGUCAGCGUCUUCAGAAACUUACAUGGCUUAGUCUAGAAUACAACAAUUUGAUUGGUCGAAUACCGUCAACAGUGUCUCAGUGUUCACUGCUUCGGUAUCUUGCCUUGUCUGAGAACCGUUUAAGUGGACCGAUACCCAUGGGAAUUGCGAACUUGACAAUGCUGGAGGAACUAUACCUGGAGAGCAACAAUUUAACAGGUAAAAUGUAUUAG